AUGGAGGUGCCGGCUGAUCCUGGACGCGGCGACACGGCGCCCCCGGAGGUGAGCAAGCCGAAAGAGAAGGCGGCGGCGCCGACCAGCAACACCGAGACGGGGAUGUGCGCCCACUUCCAAAGCUUCGAGGAAGACAUGGUAAUGUUCAUAUCAAGGCUCAGGUCCUCCGAGCGCGCCCCGAGGUGUGAGCAUGGCCUGUGCGAGAACAAGGUGGAAAAGAGCAGUAUCUUGGUUUGCCUGGACUGCAGCUCAUAUCUCUGCAUUGGGGACGGGACCAGGAACAAGCCGCAGGGACACGCCCGGCGGCACGCUGACCUGCGUCAGCACUGUGUUGCUGCGUUCUUCAGUGAACCGGAAACUCUGUACUGCUUCACUUGUGAACGUCGUCUGGAAUUGGAUGUCAGUGACAUGGAGUCAGACAGUGACAUCAGCAGCGAGAGCGGGGGAUGCAAACACUUCUUAUUGGACGAGGAAGAACUUACUCUGAUUGUGUCAGAGAUCUCCGCCUCCAAGAACGUCCCGGCGUGCCAACAUCCUGAGUGUAAGAUCACUGGGAAGACUCAUAUCAUGGUGUGCACAGGAUGCAACAAGCAUUUCUGCACUAGAGCUGAGGCCAAGGAAAGGCCGUUUGGACAUGCCCGGCAACACGCCAAGCACUGUGGGCAUUGGGUAGGUUUGUGGUACAGUGAUCCACAUACGAUGUACUGCUUCACGUGUGAAUUCGACUUGGCCCUCGCUGCACCGAAUGCUGAGGCGGGGAUGGUGUUUGGCAAGGAAGCAUUUGGUCAGGCAUCUGGCUUAGUGAAGGAACAUGUCUGUCCUAUCAGAGGGAUGCCGAAUCUUGGAAACACUUGCUACGUGAACGCUUUGUUGCAAUGCCUCUUUGUGCUCAGAAAGCUGCGGGCAAGGAUGCUAGCACCAGAUGUUCCUUCGGAUAUGCUUGGUGUGACACUGAAAGAACUCUUUGAAGAGGUAAACAAUGUGGAUAAUGCACGACUUCUACUAAACCCGAUGAAGUUCUUGACUUGUGUUCGUAUUUUGGAUGCACGGUUCGUAGGGAUUGAUAUGCAAGACAGCCAUGAAUUGCUUUGCUUUAUACUGGAUCGAUUGGAUAAGGAGGAGAAGUUACAGAUGCCUGCAGUAGCUCCAACACUUGUAGAAUCCAUUUUUAGUGGUGAGAUGUCUGUUGCCGUGUCCUGUAGGCAUUGCUCGUACACUUCAGCUUCUUCCCAUGAAGUAAUAUAUGAUAUCUCGGCUCCACUGCCAUCGGAGAUGCCUCCACCAAAAAGCAUCGCAUUGCCACCAAGGAACAUAAGUUGCAUGUCUCGAGAGAAGACUGUUAUCAAACUAUUCCCACAGGUUGACAUGAGUAACAUCGAAAUUGUUCAAGCAAUUGCUCAAGGCAGUGACUCGCAUAUCACUGGUUUAGAACUGGGAGAUGUGGCCAUAGAGAAAAUAUGUGAGCCUUUGGAUGUUGAUUCUAUUGAAGUGGAAAAGCGCUCUCAAAGCAAGGAUGCUGUACAUGUUCCAUCGCAGACUCAAAAGGGUAAUGUCCCAGGGGAGAUUGUUCAGCUGCCAACUAUGGCUGAUGAUUUAGGGCAAAAUGACAAUGCUGGUUUAGAUAACACGUCCAGUGAACUAGAAGUUAGUAUGGAAGCCAAGAAAAACACUUGCUCUGUAGAAGGUGCAGCAGAAGACAAGGGGAAAGCUCAGUGUAGCAAUAUUGCUUAUGGCAAGACAGAGGAUAACAACUCUCUUGCAUCGAUCGAGGACUGUCUAGCACUGCAUUUUAAAUCUGAGCUGCUGGGAUGGACCUGUGAGAACUGUUCUAAAGCUGCUCACCAUCCGAGCAACACUAGCAGUAAAGAUGGAGAGAAGAUGAUGGCAACCACCAGGCAAAACAGAGUAAUUGAUGGAGAUCAGACUGAGCACCUGGUUGUUCAAGAAGCUGUACCUAGUUGCCUUCCAACUGAAGAACCGGCCAACCACUUGAGUGACCAGGGCCAAAAUGCCAGCACUCUAGUUCAGUGUAACGGGAAGCAAGUAAAGCUGGAUCAUCGUGCAGACCAAGUGGAAGCAAACCAAAAGAAGAGGGAAGAUAGGAAUCAAGGUGCAAAUCAAAUUCGUCUUUUUAGCAAGCUGCCACCUGUAUUGGCCAUUCAUCUGAAGAGAUCCUUGUUGACUGGUAAAGUGCGAGGACACGUGAGCUUUGAGGAGAUCCUUGAUGUAGGACGGUUCAUGGACCCCAGCUCUCAGGACAAAGAUAAUUCCAGCUAUCUUCUAGUAGGUGUCAUUGAACACUUGGGCCCCAGGACCAGUGCAGGCCACUGGAUUGCUUACGUGAGACAAAGUCGUGAGCAGCCUGACGGUGGCUCUUCGUCAUGGUUUUGUGCAAAUGAUAUGAACAUCCGGGAGGUAUCUCUUGAACAAGUUCUCAAGUGUGAGGGUCAGCAUUUUUUCUAUGAGAGAAUUGGAGGCUAACGUCCAAGGAAGUAAACUAGUGGUUGGAUUAGCAAGUAUUCUUUGGAUGGAUAUGGAUCCAUUCAGUGUACGUACUAAGUAGAUGUCAUGGUGAUUCAAUUUUGUUGGGGCAAGUUGACUGUAAUACGUUCGUGCUCAGCAGAAUAGAUGGAUGUUUGUCGGUGUUCUUAGUCAGAUAGUCUGGUCACAUUCAUAAUAUUUUAUUUUUCAUGAGGAACAUACCUCUUCUUAUGGAAAAGAAUGAAGGUGUAGGACAUGUUCCAUCGGUAAAUGACUAAAUGAGCAAAUUGAUUGUACAGGAUUGUACAUUUGUACUAAUGCUUGGUAAUGCUUUACACUAGGUGGAAUACACACAACACAUAUUAUCUUGGUCCCCGUAUUUUUUUUAA